GUGAGUGUUUGCAGCGAGGAAGAGUCUUACAGGGAGGGGCAAAGGGUCCUUUCACUUGUCAAAUUCACACAUUCUACAACCACACAGCUGUUUAAAUGAUGACAAGCUGACCCAGCCUAAAGACGUCCAUAUUUCUUGGCUGGUAUCAUCAUACUUUCUGAAUCCUACUUCUCUUACAGGGCUUCUGGAGUUUGACUUUUUCACUGACGGGCUCUCACGUGUUCGGCUUUUACAAAAGUUCUCUUCUGUCCAUUUGAAAGAGCCUGCUUCAACUAAUUACAGGCCUUCUUAGAGUUUCUCCACUGACCCAACAUGGACAGUGUGGAUUUGGACAAGAUGCAGAUCGGAGAAAACAAAUUUGUAAGCAAGAGGACUAUUCUCUCACACCUUAAAACGUACAACAGUUACUAUGAAGGACAAGCUCUCCAGCUGAGACACAGAGAGGAGGAAGGAGAGUUAAUCAUUGAGGGUUUGCUCAAUGUGUUUUGGGGCGUGCGGCGGCAGAUCAAACUGCAAUUGCAAGACGAGAAGGAGCCAGGCAGGCCACACCCAUCACUAACAUCACCGAGUGCAGAAAAGGACAUCAGCACAGACAAAAAUCAUGAAACAAACCAGGCCUCCAUUGCAGCAGACAACCAAUCAAAAGACAGCUUGGUUGAAGAGAAAGAAGAGGCCAACACACCCUCACAGCGAAAUCAUGACGGACAGCAGGAAGUGUCACACUCUGAUCAUCUCCUCAGGAUAAGAAGUGAUGUCGGUGGGAGAAGAAUUGGAGGUCGGAGACUUGGAAUCAGGAGAGUCAACAGACACAGAUGCUCCUUCAACGGCCACUUCUACAACCACAAGACUGCCAUUUUUACCCCAGUGUUUGGUUCUGUGACCAAUGUUCGUGUCAACAGUUGUAUGACAACAGCACAGGUGUUGCGGGUGUUACUCAACAAGUUCAAGAUUGAGAACAGCCCAGACGAAUUUACCCUGUAUCUUGUUCACACUAGUGGAGAGAGACAUCAGCUAAAAUCGAAUGACCAUCCACUGGCAGUCAGAAUUUUGCAAGGCCCUUGUGAACAGGUCAGCAAAAUCUUCCUAAUGGAGACAGACCAGGUGGAAGAGGUUACCUAUGAUGUGGCACAAUACAUCAAGUUUGAGCUUCCUGUACUACAAAGCUUCAUCGCCAAACUGCAAGAGGAAGAGGAAAGAGAGAUACUGAAACUAAAGAGAAGGUACACUGAUAUGCAGCAAAUAAUCAAGAGAUACAUGCAGUCUUUAGCUGAUAAGACUACUUGAGUUGAUAAAGAUGAUACUUUCCAUGCACUUUUUUUCUCCAAGCACGUGUCACUCAUAUAUGAAGACCAUCUUUGAAGCACCAACAGCAACAAAAUGGUUCUCUCUCAGGAAUUAUUUUGUAUUGUACCAUGUUUUCAGUUUUCUUAGUAAUGCAAUAUCCAAAGAUCCCAUGGCUUUCUCUAGAUAAGCUUCACUGGAUAAAAUUCAGAAAUUAGGAAACAAUGAAUUGAGUCAAACUAAGAGCCUCCGUAAGUGUGAUAAUUUUUUAUUUAAAUUGUAUUUAUUUAUUAAAAUUUUUUCCUAAAAGCAAAGAAGCUGCUACAAACCUGAUUGAAUAUAGAGCUCAAAUUAUGAAGAUAAAUACUUUGUAAUGAAAUUUAUUUGUAUUAUUUUAUU